AUGCGGGCCACCCGCCGGUCUGCCCCCCAGACGCCGCCGUGCCCAAGUGGCGUGAUGAUCUCCACCGACGUCCGCCCUGCGCAUCUCGCUCGCGUAUGCACCGCGCCUGCAACCGCCCCCCGCGCCCGUCUGGCCAGCGGGGCAUUCCUUCUGCCGCCUCCGAAAAACGCGCAUGCACAGCGCUGCGGACCGUCCUGCGCGCAUCACGCGCGUCACGGCGCAUCCGCGUGCAGCUGCCCGCAGGCUGAUGCGGGCUCGCCAAUGAAGAUCGCUUCUCUACGCUCCCCGCUACCCGCCCCCUUCAUUCCCUCUCGCUUGUUCCCCCCCUCGCGCAUUCGCCGUUGCAGUCGCUGCAGUGCGCAACGUGGCACGCGAUCUGCGGGCCGCGGGCUGCAGCCCGCGGCCUACCUGCGCAUGCUGGGUUCUCUACAGCUUGGUUGGAACGACCAGAUGCGCCUUCAAGAACAAAAGUGA